UGAGGAGUCCUGUAUGUGAGGAGUCCUGUAUAGGAGGUGAGUGAGGGGAGUCCUGUAUAGGAGGAGGUGAGGGGUGCUAGGGAGUAAUGACUGAGGUGUUAUGUAUAAGAAGUGACUUGUAGGUGACCGGGGCCUGUUGUAUAGGGUGAGUGUUUCGGUAGGUAGGUAGGUCCCCAGUGUGUAUACCCUCCUGUCUGAUCACAGAGCUGUGCAGGAUGAAGCAAUCCCCUGACUAUCCUAGCCUGGCCCGGCUGGCAGUUAUCCAGCAUCUUCGGUCAUAUGGCAUCAAAAUGAAACACUGGAACAGCAAGCAACGAUCGGAGAGCGGGAAGGGGUCGGCUGCUACACCGCACAGUGGCAAAAUCUUCGGAGCACCUAUUCAUUCCUUACCACAUUUGUUUAUUCCAGAGUAUGGGAACAUUCCAACGUUCCUUGCUGAUGUUUGUAAGUACUUGGAGAGCCAUGCUCACACUGAAGGGCUUUUUAGGAAGUCUGGAUCUGUUGUGCGACAGAAACUGCUAAAGACUAAGCUUGAUGGAGGCGACAAUGACCUCUCAGAUGCUAUUCCCUGUGAUGUGGCUGGCAUCCUCAAGCAGUUUUUCCGAGAGCUACCAGAACCCAUUCUUCCUGCAGAUCUCCAGGAUGUGCUGAGCAAGGCCCAGCAAUUGGGCAGUGAUGAGGAUAAGGCCUCUGCAACCAUACUGAUAUCCAGCCUAAUGCCUGAACGGACAGUUCCUAUCCUGCGUUACUUUUUUAACUUUCUGCAAAAUGUGUCUAUGAGAUCUGACACCAACAGAAUGGACAGCAGUAAUCUGGCUGUGAUAUUUGCUCCUAACCUUCUACAGACAGGGGACAGUGACAAGAUUUCUGCAAGCACAGAAAAGAAGCUGCGUGUUCAGGCAGCAAUAGUGCAAACUCUGAUAGACCAGGCAGCAGAUAUAGGUUACGUUCCUAAUUUCCUUCUUGAGAAAAUACCAGGCAUGCUUGGAAUGGAUGUUGCCUCUGAUACCCCUGGAGCUGAGCAAUUAGAGGAAGGUGAUGCUGACUCCGAUGGUGAGAGGAAGCGCAGGAGGCGGAGAAGUGUUGGAGAUUUUGUUAGUGGAGCACUGAAUAAACUUAAAACUAAUAGAACACCUACUUCCACACCCCAGACAGACAGGACUGUUUUCAGCUCCAUGGUGACACCUUUAAUCCUUACUCCAAGCACCAAAAGAAAACUUCCUUUGGAUUCUGUGCAGGGAAUUUCAAACAAGAAAAGAAAAUCUAUAAAACAGAAUCUUACUUUUGAGCUGCUACCGAGUACUCUAUUUGGUGGCGGAUCCACACCAUCCUCUGCCCGCACAGAAGGAAGCCCUUGUGUUUCAUUUGAAAUAUCAGAAAAUUGUUUCUCACCAUCUGUCUCUGGCAGCAAGCACCUCACUAGCACUAGUAACUUGAGACGCAGCAAGAGGUAUGAAAACAGGAAAGUACAAAGGGUGGAGUCUGGAAAAACUGGCUGCUUCUCCCCUAAAAUAAGUCGCAAAGAGAUGGUACGCAGAUCGCUUAGACUUCGCUUUAGUUUGGGAAAAAGUAGUAAAGAAGUGAACUCGGGUAAUCCUACAAGUGUUCGUUCUCAAAACAUUGGCUGGAGAUUAGCAAACUCGCAAGAAUUGCCAACUCCCGGAAACAAGUUGGAGGCUCACUCUUCAGUUGAAAGUCCAUUUGUAAGUGCAGGUUCAAAGAAAAUAAGCAAAUCUGAAGAUAACUUACUAACACCCAGAAAGUCUGAUGACUUAAGCCAUCGCAUGUCCUGGACAGGACCUCCUCCGUUAAGUAAGGUUUGUGAUGAUGGAACGCCUUUAUCAGGAUAUCUGUAUGCUGGAAACUGCUAUUCUGAGCCUGUUCUUGUAACUGGGAAACCCCCUGCCAUACCCAAAGAGAAUAAAUCUGUCACUGACAACUCCAGCAAAGAGAACAACCAUAGAGAAGAUUCCCUGUGUGUAGAUGAGGACUAUCAAGCACAGAAAACGGUACGCAGAAUUACACAAGCAUUUACAGAAUCGGGAAGUGAUCUGAGUGCAUUUGUUGGAUGUAGCAAGUCUUCAGCACAGGAACUAUUAGCAUUUAUUUCAGAGCCACAGACAAAGUCAGAAACUUCAGUCAUUGGAUCAGUAGUUGAGCAAAAGACCUGCACAUCUGAGCCACAAACUGAGUGUGACACUCUAUUCAGGUCAAACAAGGACUGUGAUGGUGUUGCCAACGAGACUUCAUCAAAAACAAACUAUAAAGAACAAACUGUUGUUAAAAAGCAUUUAGCUUCUCGAGAGGCACCGGUUGAAAACUUGGUAGUUAAUGCACAUCAGGAUUCACCACAGAUCUUAUUAAAAAUUGUGGAGGACGGCGAUGCUGAUUCUACAGGCUUGACAGAAGUUUCACAACGCAAACUGAAAUGUGACAUGAAUGUGUUUGAAUCCAGACGUGGCAACUCCCUGAUAAAGUCAGACUUUUCAGUUUCUCAAAAAGUUGUGGGGCUGUUGAAAUCGGAAAAGAAUUUAUCAAAUGCAAUCCCUAACCAAGAGAAUUUUUCACGGGUUUCUCAGGAUAUUCGCUCAGUACCUGCCCCAGUUCGCAAAAGCAGCAGGGUGUCUGAUCACAUAAUGCACUUCAAUAGGCUGUGCCUAAAUGAUGGCAGUGUCCAAAAAUUCAAGUCCCCUAUUAAAUUGCAGCGUACUCCUGUACGUCAGUCUGUUAGACGUAUAAAUUCACUUUCAGAGUUUAAGCGGGAUGUGGACAACUUGCGGGAAGCAGAAAGGAUGGCUAGCUCACCAAUGGUGAAAUCAGUCAGUUGUGAUGGAUCUCUUUCAUCAGAGCUUUCCUUAACUCAUUCAAGUCACAGACAUUAUUCUGCAGGUUGUAAGGAGAACGCCACCUCCUGUGAGCAUUUAUCUACAGUUUCCUUUCGAGGGGUCAGUUCUAGGUUUUCCCAGCAGACAUUUGCAAAUGCACCAACCUCUGUGCCCUCUUCUGUAAACCAAGUAAAGUCUGUAUUGGAAGACCUAACAAACCAAGAUAUCACCAAAUCUACAUCUACAAAAUCUGAUCUUUCAUUGAAUGUUCCAAAUAAUGCUGUGCGUGUUCUGUCUAAUAGACAGCAUAACCGUUAUAGAGGAUCGCCAAAGAACCCAAUUGGGAAAGUAACAUUUUUGCCAGCUAGUAAGCCUUUAGACUUAUAAAGCUGUGAUUCUUGAAUAGACUUAGCUUUUUUUGGCUUUGCCUUUUAAUCUUUACUGCUGGAAAAGUGGAUUCUGUUUACAUGUAUGGCAACAUGCGAGCCAAUGCACCUGAACUAUGGUGUAUUUUUUUUACAUCUCUUCCAAAAGCACCUUGCACAUGUUUGGAAUAGAAACUGGUUAGUUUUAUUUUUAUUUUUUUAAUUUAGUUUUAAAGGUUUUGAUUUUAAUGGAGCAUUCCUCAAUGGAACAAUGAAACCCGUCAUUUCCUUCAAGCAAAUCUGCUGUGGAUGUUUUGUCUUCUUAUGGGACAUGGUUGUUGUGUGACUGGACCCUCUUUCCUUUUUUGCAGAAGAUCUGAAAUCUAAAGUGGAAACUUGAACUCUGCAACGCUUUUUUUUUUUUUCCUUUUUUUUUUACAGUGUACACGGGUAGUGCAGCUUGAAUCUGCCAUUUGGGAGGUGUUUGCUAUAACAGUAUUUUAUUAAAUGUAUUUAACUGUAAAUAUGCAAUUUUCAGGUAGUUCUAGGUAUGUAGUAUAACGCAUGGACUGUUGUACGGUUAUGUGUCCUAUUGUCCGAUGUACGUUUUCUGGUGGAAGUAUAGGUUUUGAAGGUGCUGCAGUCUUUCUAAUCUGUAUCAGCUUGCCUUGUUAACAAUUAAUUUUUAAGUGCCUUUUCUUUUUAAAUGGUGCUGUAGUAAGUCUUGCAGUUUUUUGUGUUCGGUAACGUAAGUCAAGAUAGGUACCAGUAUGCCAAGCUAUUCAACUACAGCAGGCUGGAACACCAGCUCACCUAACUGGCCCAGGCUACAGCAAAGAGCUGUGACCAUAUUUCCUAAUACAGUUACAUUGUAGAUUAACUUAUUGUAGGUAGGGGAGUGCUUUAUUUUAGUUGCUCAUAAAAUGUUAUUUAAUAUUUGAGCUCUCAAUGUUAAUAGGAGUUGCUCUCAACCUUCUACCAGUGUGUACUGCUAAAAUAUUUAGCAGUAAGCCUGUGGGUGGUCGUUAACCCAACCUACCAAGAUUGGCACGAUGAUUAAAAAAAUGUACAUGGAAGUGUGUGUUGGAUGUCUUGCCCUAUGAGGUUGACGUGUGUAGUGUAGCUGCAGUGUGACAUUUAUGCACAUUUCACUUGCAUGCACUAAUGAUAGAAAAACAGAAAUCUGGUGUAUUAAAACAUGCAAAUACACUGUAUUAAAUGAUGGUGAUAACAAUAUUUGGAGCCCAGCACCAUAGGAAAAAUAGACCCAAUUCAUGAUUCUUGUGUUCAUGUUCAGUUAUUGUGCAGCACCCAACAUCUGACAGGAUCUUUGAGCCCAGAAUCAUUUAAAUGCUCCACUAGAGAAUAUGCAUAGGACUAAGAAUAGUUCAAAUUUACAACCCAAACAGCCUGGUUUGUAAAUGUUAUCGCAUGGUCUGAGUAAUGCAACAGAAUUUAAGCUGACGUUUUUGACAUUGUGUGGAUUACGGUUCUUGUUUUUGUUCGCUCCCUUUUUUUUUUUUUUUUUAAGAUUUCAUUAAUGUCUUAAUUAUAACUUGAAAAUAUGUUUUUUAUUUCUAACUGGCACAUUGCCUAACUGCUUACAAGCAGAAACAUGGGGUUCUAAACAUAACUGUAAAUAUACAAAAUCUAUUUAAGUACGUUACUGCAGGUUGGAUGACUGAUCAACAUAGUUUAUGGUGAGUGAUUCGUAUGGUCAUAUUUAUUUCUUAAUGACUGAACAUGUAUGUAUACAUUCCUUCCCCUUUUUUUUUAGAUCACAGGUUUAUUUGUGAUUUAAGUACAACCCCAAAUGUAUUCUAUCAAGGCUUGAAUAUCACACUGAUCAACAUAAUAGAUUUUAAAGUAGAAGUGCACCCUAACACUAAAAUCCUUGCAUCUACAGACAUCCAUGAUCUAACCCUGUAAAGAAGAAAUCCAUAUACAUAACUUUUCUGAAUCCGAUCCUGAGCUGUCAGCUGCAGCUUUGCGGGGGGGGGGGGUGCAGAGGAGGCAGCCAACAAAGGAAUCCCCAUAGUAAGUCUAUGGGUGACGUCACUCCCCAUUCAUUUCACAGCCGUUCCCGGCUGUGUCUUCUGCAGAGCUUCCACUAUUGGAGACUGGACAGAAGCGGGUUCCAAAAAUGUAUGUAUACCGAUUUCUUCUUUACAGGGCUAGAUAGGUUAGUGUUAGCUCGUGGAUGUCUGUAGAUGGUAGGGAUUUUAGUGUUGGGCUGUACUUCUACUUUAAAGGGGGUUGUAAAGGGAAAAAAAAUGUAAGUGAAGGAGGACUGCACUAAGGUAAAGGAAACUAUUUAGGGAAAAAAAUGUUUUCCUUUACAACACCUUUAAGUAUUGGAUAUAGAAAAGCCCUCGAUGCUUUGUGUUUAGUUAUUCUUAGUGGUUGUAAAUCCUCACAUGUACCCAGUAAAGUGACUAGCAUUCGUCAAUGCACACCGAUGAAACAAAUCCCUGCAAACCAUUCAGACUUGUCGACAAUUCAAACUACUUCCGCAGGUUACCACGGCAGCCAAACAAAUGGCAAAAGCAUGGAAAUCUCCUACUUUAUGCAUUUUAAUAGUCAAGAAUAAAAUUACUGCAGCAAUGAUACACGCCAAAAUUGAAGCCAUAAUAUUAGAUAUGGUACUUAAGUUUGGGAUGCUAUAGAGUCCGUAGAUCAAACAUUAUCUUCCUCCCAAUUUUGAUGAAUCUUUGCUCCUUCCCUGAUGGGAAGCUUAGCCUUUCGGUUCUGCAAACUUUCCAUACUUCUCUCCGGCUGAUUUCUGGGGUUUCCCCCCUCGCCCUUCUUUAGCCCACCUUCCCCCAUAUACCAUCUUUCUUUCCUCUUUUUUACAUACUGACUAGCUUUUUUUUUUUUUUUUUACUUAUCACCCAACUACAGACACAUUGGACUUUCCUCCACCUACUGUAUUUUUAUUUACUUGUAAUGGCUAAGAGCUUCUAUCCCAUGGUUGUUUUUGUACAGUGACAUGUUGACUACAGUAGACCACUUUUAGGCUACAAAAAUAAUUGUACCCUUGUUUCCCUUUUACCUUGGUAUUGACAUUUAAGUUAUUAUAAUCACACUAUUUUCCCUUUGCUUUCUCCUCCUGUCAUCUGUUUAUUCCUUACGCAUUUAUAAGGUUAUAGCAGCAUACCAAGGUUAUAUUAAGCUAUCCCCCCUACCUCCUGCGCGAACAUGGUAUGCAAAGUAAACUUGACGGUCUUACUUUAUUAAAAUGUCAAUUGUCGUCUGUAGUUCUAUUGUACUGUGUAUUGAUACACACUCAUUACUUUUGUUAUGCUCCAACUUGUUUUCGGCAAAUAUAAAGUCACAGCCGACAGCUCUGAGCCCUGAUUUGGAAAGAAGGGACCCCCCCCCCCUUCACACAGCCUAUGAAUGUUACCCACAGCUGUGCCUGUUCUCCAUACUGAGUGCUGCAGUUCCCUCUCUCGUCGCCAUUUUAUCUAUUGGUUUUCCGGAAAAGCUGCCAGAACGGAGUCAUGCUGAUGCCAGAGGAACCAGGCCGCAGAGAGAAAUGACACUCAGAACUUUGGAGAGAGACCAGUACUCGGUAUAGGAUGUGUAUGUAUUUUUAUUUUUUCAUAUUUCAUGUCUGAGGUUUACAACCACUUUAAUGCAACUGGACCGUGUCGGGGAAGCCAUAGAAGACGGGUAACUGUUUUCUAAACACAAGGCUCUGUACACAUGUUUAGAUUUGCCGUUUGCAGGGUGUUCUCCAGGGCCAUCCCAGGUGCCCAGAAAAAGUAACAAUGUGAAUAAGCCCUUAAAUGUCAGUGCUAGGCUAUUCAAAACCAUAUCUACAAUCCCUAAAAUCUUUGUUCUUCCAUGCUACUGAUUUAUUUUAUGGCUAUCUUUUAAGAUGGAAUACAUGUUAAAGCUUAAUAUGGUAUGGUUAGUAAAUGAUGAAUCUAAAGCUGUUAAUUCUCAGUAUUGCAGGAUUAUGGGCAGCUUAACAAUGUCUGUGUGUAAUGCUGGAUCUUUUUAGUGAUGGAUAAAUUGUACUUGUCUAAA